AUGGCGGCAACACAAGUCGGCUGGGUCGGCCUCGGCUCGAUGGGCAUUGGCAUGUCCAAGAACUUGCAGCAGUUCCUUGCGUCAUCCGGAGCUCCUGCUCUGGUGUACACGAACCGGACACUGUCCCGGGGUGAAGCGUUGAAAGAGCUUGGUGCCAUUCCCGCCGAGACGGUUUGUGAAGUGGCCAAGAAGUCAAACAUCAUCUUCUCUUGUGUCAGCAAUGAUGCUGUUCUCCAGGAGACUGCGAGCGAGAUCAUCAAGUCGGGCGACAUCACGAACAAGAUCUAUGUCGACUGCUCAACAGUCCACCCAGAGACCUCCGCCGCGGUCUCGAAACAAAUCACGGACGCUGGCGGCCAGUUUGUUGCAGCCCCCGUAUUCGGCGCCGCUGCCAUGGCAGCAGCCGGAAAGCUCAUCUUCGUCACAGCUGGCCCCGAAUCCGCAACAUCAGCCAUCGCCCCGUAUCUCACCGGCGUCAUGGGUCGCUCCAUCAUUCCCAUGGGAACCGAUGUAACAAAGUCGAGUUUACUCAAGAUCGCCGGAAACAUCGUCGUCGUCUCUUUCAUGGAGGUGUUGUCAGAGGCCCACGUCUUCGCCGAGAAGACAGGUCUGGGCUCGGACAUACUAGAAAACAUGAUCACCGACAUGUUUGGUCCCGUGCUGGAAAGCUACAGCAAGCGGAUCACAUCGGGAGCCUACGCGCCGCCUCCGGACGGGAAGGCCGGGUUUGAUGUUGCGCUUGCGAUGAAGGAUCUGAGGCACGCGCUUACCUGUGCUAAGGACGCGGGCACGCGACUGGAGACUAGUGAGGCUGCUCUUAGGCAUAUGGAAGCGGCGAGGCAAAUUGAGCCAGAGAGGCCGCUCGAUAGUAGCUCCAUGUACGGAGCCGUUCGGAAGGAGGCCGGUCUUGACUUCUUCUCGGAUGCUUGCAAGAAGAGAGACGCCAAGAAUUAG